GAACCAGCUGGGUUAGUUUCAGAUAACUCUGAGAAGAUGCACUGAUCCUGUGGCACGAUGACUGAUACCAGUACCGCAGGGGCGCCUCCAGAGAAUUUGUGGCCAGACGGGGCCAAAGACAUCUUUGAGGGGAAGACAUCACCGGUGGACAACAAGAAUGGGAAGACGACAGAAGGAGGGGCAAGAGGAGGUCCAAAGUACUCCAUGUUCACCUGGAUUGUGGUUGUGGCUCUGCUGGGGGUCUGGAGUUCGAUGGCAGUGGUCUACUUCAACAUCGUAGACUACGACAGCGUCAUUGCGAGAGCUCAGGAGUUUCGUAUGAACUUUUCUCACGUUUUACAAGGUAAACUGGCAGCCUAUGACACCGACGGAGACGGAGACUUUGAUGUUGAUGAUGCCAAAGCUCUGCUCGGACUCCGAGUGGGAUGGGCACCAGAGGGGCGAGGCUCACCUGGAGAGACGACAGAACCAAACCAACAAGCUGCAGAGAAACCAAACCACCGUCCAGGGCACGCCUCGCGGUCUGGAACGCCAGCUUCAGUCCCUGGAUCUCAGGAUGUGGAGUCUGAAAUCCAAGCCGCCGUUCCGCUGCCUCUGCCGGUAGAAGACCACUUUAUUCCAGACGAUCCUGGAGACAGCCAACACCCCUACGAGGAAGAAGCCAACGCCAUCGACACCACUGGAGUUUUAGUAGAGGAGCUGAAACCAGACCACAGCGUUGUCGAGCCGGACCGAUACCUGACGAGCUCCAAACUCACACAGGAAGCAGAAGCAGAGGAGCAACCAGAGCCGGAGAAUAAAGUCAAACCCACAGAGAUUCCUCCAGACGGAGCAGCAGAGAAACGGGUGGAGGAGCAGAAAGAAAAAGUGAAGAAGAAGAAACCAAAGUUUCUGAACAAGUUCGAUGUAACUAUUAAAGCUGAACUGGAUGCAGCAGAGAAGCUCCGUAAGAAGGGGAAGCUGGAGGAGGCCCUGAAAGCCUUUGAAUCCCUGGUUCAGCAGUUCCCUCAGAGUCCGCGUGCUCGCUAUGGGAAGGCCCAGGCGGAGGACGACGUCGCCGAGAAGCAACGCAGUAAUGACAUGCUGCACAGAGCCGUCAGCACUUACGGAGAGGUGGCUGAGCUUCCUGAUGUGACUUUUGACCUCCUGAGGGCGGCGCUGAAACGCCGAGCCGAGAGGCAGCAGUUCCUCGGUCGAAUGCGAGGAUCUCUGGCAACACUGCAAAAGCUUGUUCAAAUAUUCCCAGAUGAUGUCAGCCUCAGGAACGACUUGGGCGUCGCACACCUGUUGCUAGGUGACAACAAGGGGGCUAAGAAAGUCUAUGAAGAGGUCUUGGCGGUUGCCCCUGACAACGGCUUUGCUAAAGUUCACUACGGCUUCAUCUUGAAGGCAGAAAACCAGAUAGCUGAGAGCAUCCCUUACCUCCGGGAAGGAUUGGAGUCCGGGGAGCCGGGGACAGAUGACGGACGCUUUUAUUUCCACCUGGGAGACGCUCUGCAGAGAGUCGGAGAUGACAGCGCGUAUCACUGGUAUGAACGAGGACAUAAACAAGGCCACUUUGCUUCGGUGUGGCAGAGAUCUCUCUACAACGUUGACGGACUGAAAGCUCAGCCCUGGUGGACGCCCAAGGAGACAGGAUACAUUGACCUGGUGAAGAUGUUGGAGAAGAACUGGAAAACGAUCAGGGAUGAAGCUCUGGCUGUGAUGGACCAGGACCGCGGUCGGUUCAUACCUGAGGAAGAAAACCUGAGAGAGAAGGGUGACUGGGGCCAGUACACACUGUGGCAGCAAGGGAGGAAAGCUGGGGGUGCCUGUCAGGGCGUCCCAAAGACCUGCUCCCUGAUGGAGAGGUUCCCAGAAGCCAUCGGCUGCAAGAGAGGACAGAUCAAGUUCUCGGUGAUGCAGCCAGGAACCCACGUCUGGCCUCACACCGGACCCACCAACUGCAGACUCAGGAUGCACCUGGGUCUGGUCGUGCCCCCCGGCUGCAGGAUCCGCUGCACCAACCAGACCAGGGAGUGGAACGAAGGGAAAGUUCUCAUCUUUGACGACUCCUUUGAGCACGAGGUCUGGCAGGAGGCCGACCGCUACCGCCUCAUCUUCAUCGUAGACGUGUGGCAUCCCGAGCUGACCCAGUACCAGCGCCAGACGCUCAGUCCCAUUUAGAACAGAACCACGGUUUGGCUCGGAGGAUCUGAUGGACUUGAGGACCAAACAGGUUGAAAAACGUUGAUCUGGAACAAACUACUGACUCUACAUCAGACCCAUCCGUACGGUACCUACCUGAGUCGGGGCAGAACCAGGUUCUGGUUCUCCACCACUUUCAUCAGGUUGUGUCAAACCAAAAUGACCUCGUUGACCUUUAGUCUGCUAGUCUGAUCAGAAACACUAAAGCCCGGAGGGCUGAUGCUCUGUCUGGUGUCCAGGUGAGUUCCUACCUGCUGCUUUUGCACAUAAACAACAAACGUGAGAUUUUAUAUUUAUACAAAACAAUAAAAACAUCACCAACCCU